AUGGUUCUGGCCACGGAUAAUUCUCUACGACUAUACGAUUUCAUUCGCUUACCGUUGUGGUGUUUUAGUGUCGUGGGUAUAAAGAUAUUUCAAUGGGAUGCAAAUGAUGUCAUGACCACCAAGGAGAAGUGUAUCUUUAUCUUUCUGGUAAUCAAUUUUAUAGUCUGUUGGUUUACGAAGGUUUUGUUCACUGUGUUUGGUGAGUUUGUCGAUACGGUGCACGCAACUCAGUGGAUGCUCUACUUAGUUUUUGCCAUGAACGGUUGUUUCAAAACCAUAUCUGUGGCAAUUGGUCGCCAGAAGCUUUACACAGUUCUCAAGGACAUUGAGCGGAUUUUCCCCCAGACUCUAAAGGAACGCCAGGAGUUUCGUUUGACCCACCACUACGCCUAUAUUAUGCGGCACUCAAAAUUCAUGAGCAUUCAACACUGUAGCAUUGCCCUGAUGUUUAUUGUCUUUCCGCUGGUGCAGUCGACAAUCGAAUAUUUGAUCAGCGAUGCGGAGAAUAAGGAAUUUGUGGCACGUACACCCUACAUUAUGGUAUAUCCAUUCGAUGCAUCUGGCGGAAUUGGUUAUGCUGUUGCCUAUUUAUCACAAUUAAUGGGUGGUUUUACGAUUUCGUGUUUUUUCAUCGGCUCCGAUAUGCUGUUAAUGUGUACGAUCUAUUUGGUAAUUAUGCAGUACGACUAUCUCUGUUAUCGUAUUGACAAUUUUAAAGCGAAGGAUUAUGACAGUGAUAUGAAGGAGCUAAAAAUCGUAUUGGAAAGGCAUAAUUUGUUGAAUGUGUAA